AUGGCAGACCAAACACAUAUUCCUUUGCAAAUUCCAAGUGUUGAGCUCACAGCUCAAGUUCACAGCUCACAGCUCUCCGCUCCUGCUUCAGCUGCUUUCAGCUACUCCUCCCUUCUCUGCUUUGCCAAUCACGCUAUUUAUGGACGUUGGAGGAAGGAGACGGUGACGUCACCUAUUCCUUGCUAUGGUGCGUUGUUGGAGAGCUUCGUGGUCAGACAAGAGUUGGUAGAAAAGAUUAAGGGUUGUAUCGUUGAUUCAGGAGGAGUAGAUCCUCUAGAUACCAAGAUCUGGGCAGCUGGUUUUACUGCUGCUAUACUGAAGAAACGUAGCUCCACCAUUAACACUGAACCAAACAGUCCCGGAAACGAAGAAGAUGAGCAAAAGAAGGAACCUUUUGGAAUCGAAAGCAUGAUGCUAUCAUCUCUAGAGAAACUCUUCCCCAUGGUCUUAAACAUCCCAGAAGUCAACAUGAGGCUAACGAGAAUCACCCAGAAACUCUAUGAGAACCAUCCUCCAUGCCCUCAGCUUUAUCUUUACAGCUCUGGGGACAAAGUUGUUCCGUCUCAUUCAAUAGAACUCCGGAUUAAAGAACAGAAGAAGAUUGGAAGAAACGUACAUUGUUUCAAUUUCAAGUCGUCUCCACAUGUCGAUCACUACCGGAAGUUUCGUGACAUAUAUUCCUCACAUCUACACAACUUCUUGCAAGAGUGCUUCAAGCCAAUAAAGCAGCAGCAAGAGCAACAGCAAGCUGUCUGAUUUGAGAACAUAAAUUUCUUGGUUCGUUUUCUUUUGUCUGGCUUAAUGAUUCGGUUUCUGAUUCUGCUCUCUUGUAAGAUGAUGAUGAUACAAGUUGCGGAUACGGUGAAGCGUUACGAAAUAUAAAAAAAG